UAGCGAAAUACCAUGGCACUACGGCUGCGGUGACGCUGUCUGGGCGGUAGCCGCGUGAAAUAGGAGCACUAGUGAGGAUUCGGCGCGGCUUGUGAGGAAGCCUAUUUGAAGUCAUGACUGUGAUGGAGUUCUUUGGAUGUGGCCUUCUGGCAUUUGGACCACCUCUGGCUAUGUUCAUCAUUACCAUUGCCAAGGAUCCUGUGAGAAUUAUCAUUCUGAUGUCCAGUGCCUUUUUCUGGCUGCUGUCACUACUCUUCUCAUCACUCAUCUGGUUCGCGGUUGUGCCACUCAGAAGUGACCUGGCAUUUGGCAUGGUCUUCUCCGUUCUCUUGCAGGAGCUCUUCAGGUUUCUGCUCUACAAGUUGCUGCGCUUGGCUGAAAAUGGUCUGAAGAAAGUCACAGACAAUGACCAGGUGGUCACCAAUCCACACAUCAUGGCAUAUGUGUGUGGGCUUGGAUUCGGCAUGAUGUCGGGCGCCUUCUCGCUGGUGAACGUGCUGGCGGACGCUGUCGGACCAGGCACAAUGGGGCUGCGCGGCCACUCGUCCUUCUUUUUCCUCGUCUCGGCCGUGCUCACCCUCUGCUUCAUCCUGCUCCACACCUUCUGGGGCGUCAUCUCCUUCAGCGCGCUCGACCGUCGCCAGUACCUGCAGCUGGCGUUCGUGCUCGUCUCUCAUCUCGCCCUUUCUUCGCUGACGUUGCUGAACGCCAGCCAGCUGUACGCGGCGACAGUAGUGCCGGCCGUUGUGCUGACGCUGGUGACCGGUACGGUGCCCUGCUCAUCACCGGGCUCCGGCGACCGACUGCUGGCCUGUCUGCGGCCCCGGCCCCCCAGCUGCAGGUGCCAGCACCGCCGCCGCCCGACAGGGAGUAGGUCCGGCCGCUGCCGUUUCAUGGAGAGUCUGUCGGUCGUGCUCUGUGUCGCUACCCAACAAACGUGUGCUGGCUGA